CGGCACACGAGAGAGUCACUCCGAAGCCGAUGUGUCGAAUGAGUGCCGUAAUUCAUGCACAUGAAGGGUGGAGAAGAGUCUGUUCAACGUUGCGACACCGGAGCUUAGACAAUAAUCCUUGAGCGAAGCGGACAGCAAAAAUCAUGUCAGGCGCACCUCCUCCAGGCCCACCUCCGGGUCCACCCCCCCAGCCGCCUGUGCGACCUACAUUGACGUCGCCCCCUCGACUACCAUUGGCGGCAUCACCACCACCACCACCAUCACCACCGACAGAAGCUUCACUUCCAUUUCUUCCACCGCCCCCUCCUCCAGCUGAUGAUCGCGCCAGUGCCGUGCCCCCGCCACCUCAUUCUCCUCCACCACCUCCCCCCACUGCCCACGAGCAAGCACGAACAGCCGGUCCGAUCGCCCCACAAGACCCUAACACUGCCACUUCAAUACCGAAAGGAGCGUCAUUACCACAAUCAGCGUCUUCAACAGUGUCUACUGCUCAAGCGGACGAGAGCAAUGCAAGCGCCCUGCCGGAGGAUCCAGCUGAGAUGGAGAGGUUUCUAGCGCGUGAACGCAAUUCAUUCUGGCAAGAACUGGAAAUCGAACGUGUGCUAGCGGCCUUCAAGCUGAAUCCUUAUGAGAUUAUGGACGUUGCUAUGGAAGCAGAUGACAAAGAGAUUACAAAAGCGUACAGACGGAAGAGUCUCCUCAUCCAUCCCGAUAAAGUAAAGCAUGCAGGCGCGGUGGAAGCGUUCGACUUGCUCAAGAAAGCGUCAACCGUUCUGCUUGAUGAAGCAAAGCGCAAGGCUCUCGACGAGACAGUCAUGGAAGCGCGAGUCCUUGUCCUGCGCGAUCUGUCCUUGCCAGCCGACAUUUCUACGGAAGAUGAGCGAAUAAGGAACCAAGUAGGGCAAGGUAAAUUUCAGGAAAUGGUCAGGGCCCGCACAAAGGACGUCAUGAUCGGCGAUGAGUUGAGACGGCGAAAAGCGGUACGCCUUCAACAUGCAGCUGAGGGCGCCGAGCAGCGCAAGAAGGAGGAAGCAGCCACCGAACGCAAGCGCAAAGCCGAGGAGGCUGAGCGGUGGGAAGAGACGCGCGAUGAGCGCGUGGCAGGGUGGCGGUCAUUUGUCAAGGGUGGGAAGAAGAAAAAGAAAGGCGAUAAUGUACUCGGCUGAUGCGCUCUGAGGGCACUCAAGGCGCAUACAUUUGCUCUUCGAUGCUUUGAGCAU